AAGAUUCUACUUACUUUGUUCUUUUUGGUUCAGCUCGUGCCUCUGAACUGCGCCCUGAGCCACAACUGCCUGACGUCAGCUCUGCCGACAGCCCCUGAUAAAUUUUUUCAGGUUCUCGGUACUCCACGUCAUAUAUGUACCAACCAAUAAAAAUAAAACUCGUGGCUACAAUUAUUCAAUGCAAUAAUUCCAUGUUGUAAUAAUUCUGUGGACCUGGUGCUCAAGCCUGUGGGGCCGAUGAAGCAUGUGCGUUCACAUGGUAGGCUAAGACUCGCCCGCAGAUAUUCAAUUCAAUAAUUCCAUGUUGUAAACAACCUUCAAGACUCAGGGGCCAUACUUCUUGUUGGUUUUUCUCAACUGAGAUUAUUCAGUCUUCUUUGAGUUCAACAGUUUGUUAGGAAAGAUGGCAGAGCUUGUUACUUUUGCUGCCGAGGGAAUACUGGCUAGGGUGGCUUCACUAGCCAAGCAAGAAUUCAGUCUCCUCUGGGGAUUCAAAGGAGAAGUAGCAAAGCUGAAGCGAUCAUUGUCCGAUAUUCAAGCUAUGCUGCGAGAGGCAGCCCAGCAUUCGCAGUUUCGGGGCGAAGCGGUGCAAAUGUGGGUGAAGGAUCUUGAAGAUGUAGCUCAAGAUGCUGAUGAAGUGCUGGACGAAUACGGAUACGAAGUUCUUCGGCGUCAGGUGGAACUUGGAAACCGAAUGGAGAAAAAGGUGCUCAACUUCUUUUCACACCACAAUCCCAUUGCGUUUCGUCACAAUAUGGGACGCAAAAUCAAGAAAAUCAAUGCAUCUUUGGCGAAUCUGAUGACUAAGGCAGCUGGUUUUGAGCUAGUUAGGCCGACAUUCUCAACACUCGUGGAUGCAACGCCUCAUGGUGACAGGGAAACCGUCUCCGUCUUUAAUGGAGAUGAGAAGUACAUUGUUGGAAGGGAGGAGGCUGUGUCGGAGAUAGUUACAACCCUGAUAAAUUCCAGCAACAAUAAGGAGAAUUCUAUUUCGGUUAUGGCGAUUGUGGGAAUGGGAGGCCUGGGCAAGACAACUUUGGCUAAAUCAGUUUAUCAUCAUCCCGAGAUAGAAAGACGGUUCGAUACAAAAAUAUGGAUAUGUGUAUCUACUCCUUUCGAAGUCAAGGCGAUUUUAAGCGGGAUCUUAGAAAAGAUUAAACCGGAAAAGGCUGGGAUUAAGGGUAAAGCAACAAUAUGUGAAAAUCUCCAAGAAGAUUUGAAAGGAAAGCGAUAUCUUCUCAUUCUCGAUGAUGUUUGGAAUGAUGAUUCUGAUCAAUGGAAUGAUUUGAUGAGUUGUUUGUCAAGUGUUGAAGAUACCCAAGGAAGCAGCAUCCUUGUCACUACCCGCAGUGCUGGUGUUGCAUCAAUUGUGGAAACACUUCCCGGGCGUGAUUUGGAAAAAUUAUCGGAUGACGAAUGUUGGCGCAUAUUAAAGGAUAAGGCAUUUCCGAAUGGGAGUGCUUCCGUGACCCAAGAUCAAGAGCGAAUGGGAAGGGAAAUUGCCAAAAAAUGUGCAGGUGUACCAUUGAUGGCAAAGGUAUUGGGAAAUAUGAUGCGUUGUAAGCUGAGUGAUGGAUGGCAGUCAAUUCAAGAAAGUACAAUAUGGAAUUUGCCAGAAGGAGAAAAAAGAAUCAUUUCAGUUUUGAAGUUGAGCUUUGAUGAAUUGAGAUCACCAUCUUUGAAACAAUGUUUUGCAUACUGUUCAAUGUUCGUCAAAGAUGAUAUUAUUGAGAAGGAGGAUUUAAUCCAACUUUGGAUGGCUCAAGGAUUGCUCCAACCUUUUCCCAACAAAAGCAUGGAGGAUGUAGGGUAUGAAUAUUUUAAUAUUCUAUUGGAGAACUCCUUUUUUCAAGAUGUUGAAAUGGAAGGAAAUACUGUUUACGGUUGCAAGAUGCACGAUCUUGUGCACGAUCUUGCAGAACAUGUGUCAAAAUCACAGAGCAAGAACUCCAUUGAGAAACACAUGGAAAAGCUCUCUACCUCGGCACUGCAUGUAAUUCCAAACGGAGGUUUGAAUGGUGAUAUACUUGGUGGCAUCUUCUCAAGAUUUAAAGGUUUGCGCGUCUUAAAAAUGUGCAAUGUUAAAAUCCCUGAGUUGCCAGUUUCAAUUGAAAAGUUGAAAUGCUUGAGGUAUCUCGAUGUUUCCCGUACAGGUAUCAUAAAGCUCCCCAAAUCUAUUUGCAAGCUUUAUAAUCUACAGACGUUGAAGAUGUCCUCUGUCGAAAGUUUUCCAAAGAAGCUGCAAAAUUUGAUCAACUUGAGACAUUUUGAAUUUGGUUCUAAAUUCGUUGGUAGUCCUCAAACAUAUCCAAUUGGGAUUGGGCGUUUGACUAAUCUCCAAUAUUUACGUUUUUUCAAUGUGGGUAAGGAGAGAGGUCGUCGAAUAGAGGAGUUGGCUGGCUUAAAGCAAUUGAAAGGUCGUUUAAGUAUUUAUUGUCUAGAGCAUGUGAGAGAUGGAGAGGAAGCAAAGAAAGCAAAACUAGCAGAGAAGACAAAUCUGCGUGGAUUAGUCUUUGGAUGGGAUAAAUACAGGUCUAUGAUCAACAUUAAUGAUGAGGAUGUACUAGAAGGCCUUGGACCACCACUCCCUAAAUUGGAAUUUUUAGGGAUUGACAACUUUAUGGGUGAGAAAUUUGCAUCCUGGAUGAUGGGGAGUCCCUUUCCUUCAUUAAAAAGAUUACGUAUCGUUGAACCUAAGAAUCUAAUUGAAUGGGCGGAAGCAGCAGAAAACAUUGUGCUCUUUCCAUGCCUCGAGGAGCUGUCUCUGACCAACUGCGAUCAAUUAAGAAGUGCUCCCAGUCAUUUUCCAUCUCUGAAAAAUUUAGAGAUAGAAUCCAUGGGUAGCGGCAUGCCAUUAGCAAAUAUAAGCAGCAACCUGACCACUCUUACUUCUCUCAAAAUAAGAAGUAUAAAGGGACUUGAUUGUCUGCCAGAAGGGGUGUUAAAAAACAACAAGAAUCUUGCGUAUUUGGAGAUAAGAAAAUGUAAGGAUUUAACUUGUAUUACUACGGAUGAUGUAUUUGGUUGUUGUGCUUCUCUUCAGUCCGUGUUUAUUUCCAAGUGUGUUAAUCUUAGGUGCCUGCCUGAUGGGCUGCAAACUCUUGUCUCUCUUGAGGAGUUGACUAUAAGGCAUUGCAAGAGUCUAGAGCUCAUUCCAGACAUGCACGGUCUCACUUCCCUUAGUAAGUUAACCAUAGAUUCUUGCUCCAAGCUGACGUCCAUUCCAUUUGAACAGGGCCUCCCAUCUCUCUGUAAAUUGGAUAUUCGCAAUUGUCCCGAAUUAUCAAUCCUAUCGAGUGGGUUAGAAUAUUGUACCUCUCUUCAGCAUUUGUCAAUAUCUUAUUGUGAGAAGCUAACAUCAACUGGGAUUCACAGCCUCCCACCAUCCCUCCACUCUCUGGAGAUAGAAGCUUGCAAGAGUCUACAGUCCAUUCCAUUUGAACAGGGCCUCCCAUCUCUCUGUAAAUUGGCUAUUCGCAAUUGUCCCGAAUUAUCAAUCCUACUGAGUGGGUUAGAAUAUUGUACCUCUCUUCAGUUUUUGACAAUAUCUGGUUUUGAGAAGCUAACAUCAACUGGGAUUCUCAGCCUCCCACCAUCCCUCCACUCUCUGGAGAUAGAAGCUUGCAAGAGUAUACAGUCCAUUCCAUUUGAACAGGGCCUCCCAUCUCUCUGUAAAUUGGCGAUUCGCAAUAGUCCCGAAUUAUCAAUCCUACCGAGUGGGUUAGAAUAUUGUACCUCUCUUCAGUUUUUGACAAUAUCUGGUUUUGAGAAGCUAACAUCAACUGGGAUUCUCAGCCUCCCACCAUCCCUCCACUCUCUGUUGAUACGGGAUUGCAAGAGUCUAGAGUCCAUUCCAUUUGAACAGGGCCUCCCAUCUCUCUGUAAAUUGGAUAUUCGCAAUUGUCGCGAAUUAUCAAUCCUACCGAGUGGGUUAGAAUAUUGUACCUCUCUUCAGGAUUUGACAAUAUCUGAUUGUGAGAAGCUAACAUUAACUGGGACUCACAGCCUCCCACCAUCCCUCCACUCUCUGCAUAUAGAUUUUUGCAAGAGUCUAGGAUCUAUUCCUGGUUUAGAAAACCUCACACACCUCCGUGAGUUGGAGAUAGUUGAUUGUCAUGGGUACCUGCCCAGUGAGUUAAAAACCCUCACCAGCUUGAAGAAAUUGGAAAUUGGUGGGUUUUGGAAGGAGCUCGAUUCAUUCCCUCCUUUUGAGGUUACUCCACAACUUGAAUCAUUAAAGUUGCGGGGUUGGCCUAAGCUUCGGUCUCUGCCUGAACAAGUUCAACACUUGACUUCUGUACGUGAUUUGCAAAUAAUAAAAUUUGAUGGAAUGGAGGCUCUUCCGGAGUGGUUGGGGAACCUUGCAGCUCUUCAGUUCCUAAGGAUACAGACCUGCAAGAAUCUGAAGUAUCUACCUACAGCUGAAGCUAUGAAAUGCCUCACCAAAUUAAAAGGAGUAUACAUUACUCGUUGUCCCAUUCUAAAAGAGAGAUACAACAAGGAGAGCGGCCCAGAAUGGCACAAGAUUUCUCAUAUUCCAAAUAUUGACAGCAUUUUGGUUUGGCGCCCAUGGUGAGUAACGGCAAUUCCCAAUUGUUUGAAGUUGCAUUGGACCAGAUUCAUGGCGGGCUGCUGCAUUUGGGCCUGGGAUCAGCUCUCACGGGUGUUGGGCUCGGUUUUGCAUUAAUUCCUCUCAUCUGUCUCUGUCUCAUAUCUGCAAAACAGGCGGGGUUUCGGUGCUCCGAAAAUGCCCGCCCUGAUUUUUUACACCAAGUGGAGAUGGCAACCCAGACAUUGUAACUGGCCCAGGUGUAUCAAUGGUAAUAAAUUGCUGAGUAGAUGAACUACAAACCUCAAAUUCCCUCUGUUUGUAUAUUUGCAGUUGCUUUUCCGUAUAACUCUUCAAACCCAGGAACAUCUCCGACGCCUGGACCUCGUUGAGUAGUACCCGCCAAAAGCUUGAGGGUUCAGCUGGGAAGGUUUCUGAGUUUUGCAGAGAAGGCAAUGACUGAUAAUCUCUCUCUUCUACACCAGUUUCAUGAACUCAAAUUGGAGUCCCUGUUAAUCUGAUUGCUACGUUAUUCAACUCAAGUCAGUCAUUUUCUAAGGUUCCUGGGGACAGGUGAUGGCUGGGAGUCGGAACGUUUCUCUAUUUUUAUUAGGACAAGCAAUUCCCAACUGCUUGAAGUUGCAUUAAAUCAGAUUUUGGGCAGUCUUGAUUCUGCUCUGGAAGUGAACAAAGAAAAGUCUUAGAUAAUCGCUAUGAUACUUACAACUGUGGCAUCAAUUACAUUGCAUAUAAGCUACCAAGCUGAAAAGGGAUGCACCUAUAUAUGGGAUUUUGGUGGCUGUAUUGAGGACUUGGUUCCGUUGUAUACUACAAAGCAACUUUUAGCCAUCAAGGGGAACUAAUCAAAUCGGAUUUUAGGGGAUUAUGAAUGGAACCUUCAAGGCAGUCCAAGCGAAUGUUGAGGCAGGUAGCUCUUUUUUUUUUUCCUUUUGCAAGUGUAAAAGUUUGGAGAAUUGAUUACUUCACGUUCUGGGCGGGUAUUAAGAUGAUACAGUUAGACAAGGAGGGUUAUUGACAAGACUGAAACUUUCUUUUGAACAGGACACUGUUUAUCCGGUUUACUACAAGUACUAUAUGUUGUAUGUAAUAUGUAACAUCACCAGAAAUUUUACAAGUAGUAAUUAAACUUCUGUUACUGUUUUUUUGUUUUAGCUACAAUUAUAGCGCCAAUUUUACGUAUGCGUGUGAAAUUGUUUGUCUGACAAGCAGCACGGUGGAAUUGUAAUCUAGUUGCAGGUCCUUGGUGAAAGGAACAUCUUAUACGGUCACAAGGGCAUCAGCAUGGUCUUAAUUUGGGUCAGGAAGCAAUUGAAUCAAGUCUCAGAUUUUCAUUGCCAAUGUCACAAUGCACAUGUCAUCCUGGAGACAUUCAUUUGCCGCAGUUUUCCAACGAGUUUGAAGCGUUUCAAUGAUUUUGGUUGUCCUGAAUUUCAAAGACUUGCAGUUGAUUAAUGAAUGGCCAGGGUAACCAAUUUUUUAUUUGGCCAGGAGUCUGUGGAUGUAGAAUGAUGUGCAGAGUGAUGCAUUUUUUAUAUUGUUGGUUGAGAAGGAUGCUGCUUUUAUUCGAUUGUCGGAGGAUCAGUUUUACAAUAGAAUUCCAUGUAUUAUCCUGGAUGUAAAGGGGGAGCCAAAUGUAGCCACCACUCUUUUUAAGCAAGGUGAAGCUGGAACUGAAGCCACCGGUGCUGGCUCUUGUGGAAAGUGAUCCGUACGGGUUGAAGUGGUCGAAGAACAUGUCAUAUGACACUGCGAAUUUGACCACACCAGAUAUAAAAUGGUUGGGAUAUGGCCGAGUGAUUUGAACAAGUACAAAAUUCCGGAGCAGUGUAGGUUGACGAUGACAGAUCACGAUAUUAAAACAGGGAAGGAAAUGCUGGAGGAAGAUUUUGUGGAGAAGAAUCCUAAAUGGGUUGAGGAGAUCUCAUGGUGAAAACCAAGCAAAAGGCAGAAAUUCAGGCUCUGAGCGCAUUCAGCUUUCAGUAUCUGGCUCAGGUUUAUUUGCCACUAAAACUGCAGGAGCAGGAUUGGAUAUGAGCCCCGGGUAGCAUUUGUUUUAUAGCAAGUCAUGAAUUUACUUUGACAUUAGUUUGUAACGGUGUAAUAUCUUUUGAAUUUGUGACUUUGUUUCCCGUGGAUAUUUUGCUCAUUUUUCUUGUGGCCGUGUUGUUGUAUCUAAGUGGUUGAGUAACUAUACUCUUAUUAGUCAACAAGAUUUCUUUAGUUCAAGGACACGAAGAAAACUAAAGGAAUAUAACGGAAUGAAGGAUAAAAAGCUUAUUUCA